AUGAUGUUUUGCUGGAUUAUGGAGAUGGCCCUUUUUUGGAUGGGGAAGCAGCACGAGAUGGAUGAGUGGGCUGGUCUUCACGCGGAGGUUGUAGCAUUCAAAUAUGCCGACCGGCUCAAAGACGAGCUGCCACGUGCCGAGGUCCGCCAGCGAACCCGAGACAUCGCCAGAGCUGGGGCUUGGGGUGCUGGCUGGGAGCCUGGGGACCCGGGGGGCCAGACAGACGGAAGGACGCGCACCUGGGCAGCCAUAACGCCAACAGCAGCAGCAGCCGGGUGCGGAGAAGGCUCUCACGUGCCUAGAGACUUUCUUCGACUCGUUUUUCCUCCUAUGGUAAUUGUAAGCAGUGGGUUCGCGGAAACCCCCUUGUCAUUCACUAUCCAUCCCACUUCUCGUGUCUUUCUAUUUCCAUCCGGCACCUACUGUAGAAUCGACCCCCGCCGUCCCGUGGAGCAACAUGAAGCACACUGGUCCGGACAAAGUCAACACCUUUUUCUCACCACAGACUGGGAAAGAACAUGGAAAAUACAACAUCCCAACAUCCCAACAUCCUUAUUCAGAGAGGAGAAUAUUAUCGGGGUAAUACGCCGAAACAGCAAUUAUUACAUAUCCGUCAGAUCCAACGGCUUGGAAGCCGAAAGAAAACGGUGCCAGGGUUCAGACUCCAGAACACUUCCAUCCCAUCGCCCGCAUGAUGUCACCUCGUCCAUCGGUCAUGUCUUAUCCGCCGUGCUUCUCUGCCGCUCCUCUGUCUGCUCAUCUCCUAUCCCCGAAAGAGUUGCCUCUGGCUCUGGAGCCCCUCCCCCUCGACGCGAGUUAUUAGUGUUGCUAAGCUGCGUUGCCCACACAAAGGUGCGGCGUGGCCCCCCCGCCCCCGCCAAAGGCAAGGUUCUCUGUUCCAGCCCAGCCGCCCUCCCAGAGUCUGCUUUCCCAAAGCCACCCGUAGACUGCCGCAGCCAUCGUGUGUGCUCGCUGCACACCGCGCCGAGGGUUUCCGAGAAAUCCUCGAGGGACGCCUUGCGUCCUCUCCUUGUUGCGCCCGCGUCCCCAUGUCUCGGGUUCCCCUCGGCCGGAGGUGCCUGCGCCGUAUGCCGAACUGAGGGGCAUUUUCCCAUGGCUGGGCCAUGGACCAUGCUUUUGCCCAUCGAGAGCCAGAAGAGGACCCCUUGGUACGGAAGUACACACACGAGAGCUUCCGGCAACGCUGAUGAUUGA